GGCUAAUGGCUAAUGGCUUCUUCCUGACUCUGUUUUCUCCUGCUUCUUUUUCUAGGUGAACCCGUGAACUCAUUCUGUGACCACAUAAUUUAACAUUGCCAUUGCCAAUGCCACUGCCUUCCCAAGAACCAAAGUCUUCACAGAAAAAGAAAAGCAUGACAACCAUGAUUCUUAAAUGAUAUAGAGCAGAAAGGUUCCUUUAAGGGGGUCUUCUCAAUGGCAAUAGCAAUGGAAAAACCAGUCUUUUUUCCUGUUCUUCUUCUUCUUCCUCCUCUGUUAAUGGCUUUUCUUUUAGUCCAACCUUCAAACCAACUAGACCUCCCUCAGUCUCAAUCCCUUCUCAGAAUCCAACAGUAUCUCAACUUUCCCUCUGCUCUAGACAGCUUGAGAAACGACAACACAGACUUCUGCAACAUUGAGCCAACCUCAUUCUUCACUGUCGUUUGUUAUGAGAACGACAUAACUCAGCUCCACAUUAUCGGUAACAAUGACUUCCCUCCUCUUUCUCGAGAUUUCUCCAUGCAUUCUUUCUUUACUGCUCUGGCCAAGCUCACCACGUUGAAGGUUCUCUCCUUGGUCUCUCUCGGUCUUUGGGGCCCAUUGCCUGGUAGUAUAGGCCAUUUAUCUUCGUUGGAGAUUCUCAAUGUUAGCUCAAACUACAUCCAUGGCGCCAUUCCCACACAGCUUCUCCAUUUGAGAAAUCUUCAGACUAUUGUACUCGACCACAAUAACUUUUCUGGGCCUGUCCCAUUUUGGCUCAACUCACUCCCAAUGCUGACUGUUCUGAGUUUGAAGCACAAUUUGCUAACUGGGUCUCUCCCAAAUUCAUUGGGGACCUUAAGGAAUCUCCGGGUUCUCACUCUAUCAGAGAAUAACUUUUCUGGGUCAAUCCCCGACUUUAGAAAAUUAACAAACUUGCAGAUUCUUGAUCUUGAAGAUAACCAGUUUGGACCUUACUUUCCAUAUUUGCCCAGAAAAUUAGUCACACUUAAGCUCAGAAAGAACAGGUUUCGCUUAGGCAUCUCUGCUAAUAUAACCUCAUUUUAUCUGCUUCAGAAGCUUGACAUUUCCAUGAAUAGAUUCGUGGGGCCAUUCAUUCCAUCUUUGUUGUCCCUGCCUUCAAUUUCCUACCUUGAUAUUUCAGAAAACAAGUUCACCGGAGUGCUCUCCGAGAAUAUGACUUGUAGUUCUGGUCUUGCUUUUGUGAAUUUGUCCUCAAAUUACUUGGUGGGCAAGCUACCUUCUUGUCUGAUUUUGCCUCCGGAGAACGGCGUCGUUUUGUAUUCCGGAAACUGUUUGUUGAAUGAUCACGGUCAUGAUAAUGAUCUGGAACAACAGCAGCACCCUGUUGAGUUCUGCCAUAAGGAAGCUCUGGCUGUGGCAGUGAUACCAAGAAGAGAGAAGCCCAAGACUCCAAAUAAUAAACCAGUUCUAGCACCUACUUUGGCUUGUGGGAUAGUUGGUGCGAUAGCGGCUGUUGGUGUGGUUUCCAUUCUUGUUAAGAAAAAAUAUGGCAAGUACACUCCGAAAAAACCUUCUACAACGUUGAUUACAGAGAGAGUUUCAACAGUGAACACAGCUCAACUACUUUCAAAUGCUAAACAUAUAUCAGAGACAAUGAAGUUGGGAGCUUCACUUCCUGCUUAUAGAACUUUCUCUUUGGAGGAGCUCAUGGAAGCUACUAAUAACUUCGACCCUUCAACUUUGAUGGGUGAAAGUCCAAACGGUCAGAUGUACAGGGGCAAGCUCUGUGAUGGAACACUCGUCACGAUUAGAAGCUUGGAAAUGAAAAAAAGGCGCAGUCCACAGGCCUACACUCACGAUCUUGAGAUGAUUUCGAAACUAAGACAUUGCCAUUUAACUAGUGCUCUAGGACACUGCUUGGAGUGCCAACUUGAUGAUUCAGGUGUCAGCAGAGUUUUUCUUGUCUUUGAGUUUUCUCCCAAUGGAACUCUAAGAGAUUGCAUCUCAGCUACUCAAGGGCAGAAACUCAAUUGGACACAGAGAAUUGCAGCUGCUAUCGGAGUUGCAAAAGGCGUUCAGUUUCUGCACACCGGGAUUGUUCCUGGAGUGUACUCGAAUAAUCUGAAGAUAACAAAUGUCAUGUUGGAUCAUAAUCUUCAUGUGAAGAUCGGUAGUUAUAACCUUCCACUUGUAGCUGAAAACAGAGGAAUGGUGGGAAAUGUAGUUUCUUCCACAACAAAAGGAAGUGCUCAAGAUAGGGUGAAGCAUGAGGAUAAGAAUGAUGUCUUUGACAUAGGAAUUAUCUUACUAGAGAUCAUUCUGGGAAGGCCUGUCAUGUUCUACGAUGAAGUUGGUUCUCUAAAAGACCUUAUGAGAGUAAGCAUAACAACCGACGAUACCGGUAGAAGGAGCAUCACUGAUCCAGCAGUGCACAAACAAUGCUCCAAUGAAUCACUGAUGACAAUGAUGGAGAUAUGUGUGAGGUGUCUGUCGAGUGAGCCCGCUGAAAGGCCUUCCAUUGAAGAUAUUCUUUGGACUCUGCAAUUUGCAGCUCAGGUUCAGAACUCAGGGCGAGGAGACUCCAUGAACAGCCACGAGUCACUUGGAGCACUGUCCUGAGAAAUUUCCAACUGCCAACUUUGCUAUCUUACCAACUAAAAAACAGUAAAUUAUGUGUGCCAACUCCAGUAGCAGUAGAUUAUACAAGGUGUAAAAGUAAAGCUCUACAAGUGGUGUUCUAUUUUUUCCCCCUCUCCUUAUAGAUGGUCUAGCUCUAUAUCUAUCUAUCUAUAUAAUAUAUAUCUAUACAUACAUGGGAGAAGUGUAAGGCUUGCAUAAUAUAGAAGAGUUUUUUCUUUUUUUGAAAGCCUAGGUCUUUUGCUUCUGUCUAUUGCCACAAAUUUCUGACAUAAUGAACAAAUGGUGUAGACAUUGUCCAUAAUGUAUUCGUCUCCUCGCAAAGAAAUCUAGCAUUGAAGAGUUGAGUCUUU